UUUCCCUUCCCCGACUAACAUUCACCGUAUGUUUGCGUUCGUUACAAACAAAUCCACAUUUUCGCCCACGAAAACGUUUAAACGCAUGCGCCAAAGGUAAACAAAAGUUUCUUACCUGUAUAACGUUACAGUUAGUAUUAUAACACCUGCACAAAGCAGGUACAGUAUUAUUAAAAGUUAAUACAUCGAUAAAAUUAAAUAGAAUCAAAACAUAAAAGUUAAAAACUUUCUUUUCUAAAAAUAAAAGUUAAACGAAUUUUAAAGUAAUAAUAAAAAUGGUGUUAUUAUUUAAUAAAAAAAGUGUUAAUGAUGUUCACGGAUUGUUGUUUGAUAGUGUAUAAUGCAAAAUUUAGAGGAUUACAUAGUAGAGAUGGAGAAUAGAAAAGUUUUAGACAAUAGUUCGGUGCCUGAAGAGUUUUGGACUCAGCUCCAACAAAAAGAAAACGAUUUGGUGUUGGCUGCGGAAUUCGGAAAAGCGCUUCUAGAUAAAAACGAGGAGUUACAAAGACAAAUUGACGCCAACGAAAAGGAAUUUACCAAAAAAUUAGAGAUUAUAGAACAAGAUAGGCACCUUUUAAAGCGAAAAUUAGCCUCGAUCGAAUCCGAAUGCGAGCUCCGCGUUUUGGAGUUACAAAACGACGUGAAAGAGCUCCAAGAGAAACUCCUCGACAAAGAAACCUCCCUAAAACAAACCGAAAGAGAUAAAAGUAGCCUCCUCGAUGAUUUGCAGCGUCAAAACGCGCGGCUAUCCCAAGAAUUAAAACAAUACGCUUCAAACGAAACUCAACUACUCCACCAAUUAGAUGAGAUUAGGCGCCAAAGUUCGGGGCAAAAAAAGAAUUUGCAAGAAUACGCAACAACGAUAAACAGUUUAAAAGAUGAAAUCGAUAUGGUGACGGAGAAACGAGACGAUUUAGAGCGGCGAUUGCGAUUAUUAGCCGGGGAAAGGGAGGAACUCACGAUAAACUUAGAAGAAGCAAGCGAUCGAAUAAUGCAGUUAGAAAGGCACGCGAGAGAACAAGAUUAUCGUUACCAACAGUCAAUUAAAGAAUAUUCAUUACCCAACGAAAAGUUAUCCAUCGAAGAUCGAAUGAGCGAGGGAAAAUUUGACCAACGAUCAAUUUUAGCCGAAAUGGAUGUAACAGAACCCAAUCUAAGCCAAGAAUGCAUGUCGAUUUACCGCCAAAUGCGCUCUUUAUGCCAACAAUUAAAAUCGCACAACGAUGACGACGACAGCGGGUUACAUUCCGAUUGCUCAACCAUCUCAAUGGAAGAAAAUCAACAUUUUUCAACCGGGUUAUUAACAGAAGUCGCCCAACAAUUAGUCGGAUUAGUUUUAGAUUCAGACAUCGUCAAUUUGAUCGAACGAAUCGAGCGAUAUCGGAGGGAUUUGCAAGAAAGGGACAUCGAAUUACAAAGAAAAAGCGAUAUUAUACGAGAAUUAACAUCGAGGGUUUCCGUUUGUGAAGUUGAAUUACAAGCAGCUUUAGAAGAGCGCGAUCGUGCAAGAAAUGACGUCAAUAACACCUCAACAGCGCAAGAUGAAAUCGUAGUCAAAGCGAGAGAAAUAAGGGAUCAAGCUGUAACGAGGAGGAAUAAAGCUGAGGUGGAAUUGGCGAAAACACGCGUUGAAUUAAUGCAGGCGAAUAGUCAAUUAUUAGAGGCGAUACAACAAAAAGUUGAGUUGAGUCAACAAUUAGAGCAGUGGCAGAUGGAUAUGCAAGAAUUAUUAGAUGAGCAAUUAAAAAAUAAAUUAACAUCCCAAGAAAUUAAAAUGAAAAAUUCUCAAAAUCAACAACAACCCGUCGCCCCAACGAGAAGGAAAUUGUUGGGGUUCUUUCAGAGAUAAAAAAGGAUGAAAAAUCCUUCGAAACGAUCAUCUAAGUCAAAUUAUUUUGUACAUAAUUUUUAAAUUAUUUCCUCACAAUGUUUAAAGAGUGUUACUAUUUAAUUUAUCUUUUAGUAAAUUUGUAAUUUUAAUCCCAAAAAUCUCCUUGUUAAACGUUUUAUACGAUAACUUUAAAAUGAAGAAGUGUCCGUCCAAAAAAAAGGAUAUGUUACCGGAGUUUUAUCUAAAAAAAAAAAGAAUUUAAUAAAUUAAAACUAUUUUCGA